GUCCUUAUCCACAUCAUAGUCCAAUUUUCCGUUCUCACUUCGCAUCUUCUUCUUUCCAUCCAGUCUCUCUAUAUAUACAUUUCACGUUUAAUCGCAUAUAUAAAACAUCUUCUCUGCGAAGAAUUUGGGAUAUUAUUUGUUGCAGAAACAUCGUUGGAAGGGUUUUUACUAAGAAUCUUUCGAUCCUUGGUUUUGUGGACAUCAAUUCUUGAUUCAGUUUCUCAUCUUUGAAAUCCAAUUCCUCCUUGCUCAAUAACAUACAUUUUUAUUUACACAAUUUAUUCGAUUAGAUAGUCGUUCAUAAUUUUAUACACAUUAGAGAUAGAUAAGAAGAAAGGUAUUUAUACAGAGGGUUUAGAGAUAUACACCCAUUGAUUAGAUUAUUAGUUAUUUUUAGGUUUUAUAAGAGAAGAGGGAUGUUGGGGGCAGGAUUGCAGUUUAACAGGAGUAGAAAUGGAGAGGGUCAGUUUUAUAGCGCCGCCAGGGCUCGCCGGAGCCAAGAUCAUUUGCGGAGAUCUCAAAACAGGAGUCAAGCCGAUGUGACGCCGGAGAAAACCAAGGGGGUUGCUGCCUCGCCAAUGUUUGAACCGGCGUCCUCGUGUAAUCUGGAACGGUUCCUGGAGUCAAUAACACCCUCGGUGCCGGCUCAACGAUUAUCAAAGACAGCAUUGAAGGAAUGGAGAACUAGCAAUGAGAAUUGUCAACCGUACUUUGUGCUAGCCGAUUUGUGGGAGUCAUUCAAGGAAUGGAGUGUAUAUGAUGCAGGAGUGCGAUUGAUAAUGAAUGACAGUGACCUUGUGGUCCAAUAUUAUGUUCCCUAUUUAUCGGGUAUACAAUUGUAUGUUGACCCUUCAAGGAGUAUGGAAAAUUCAAGGUACCUUAUUUUCCUCCUAGAUUCAAUUUAGACUAUGAGUAUAACC